UUCUUGAAAAAAAGAAACGAAAGUUUAAAAUAGGAUAUGCUACAUCUAUAUUUGGCGUCUGAAAUAACAAUUAAAAUUCAUAGGUGAGGCCGUGGGUUUUCUUUCACCUUUUCAUUUCAUUUCUCUCUCAGGCAAUCUGCAUGGAUUCUCUCUCUUGUGCUUUGAACAACGGUUUAUAGCUUCACCUGGCUUGAUAAAGAGCACAUGAUAUCUGUCUAGGCGAGUGAUUAUUUUUUUGUGAUGAAUGAAGCACAACUGGAAAACCCCAUUUAUAUGGAAAUUAAAUCAGAAGACAAUGAAAUUGAAUUCCAAGACAAUGAAAAUCGAGCUUUUGCAUCAGACAAAGGAGAAAAUAGCGGUGUAGUUUUCUCAAGAGAAACACCAUUUAUCAGGACAGAGUCAAGAAUGUCCACUCAUCAUUGUUGCAAUGCCAAGAAGCUCAAAUCCAGGGCCGCAACAAUUGACUGUGAGCUUGGGAGUAGUGAGAAAGUUGUGUUGGACAAGAAACUGUGUAGACAAGACAGGAUUGAAUUGGGUCGAUUGUUGCAAGGUGCAGUGAGUUCCCAUAACUGGGAACUUGCAGAAAGUUUGAUUAUUGUUGCUGAUCCACAAACACUUAAUGAUGCCUUGUGUAUUACACUGGAUUCCAUCUGGUUCUUGAGCACCGAACUAGAGCUUAAUGGAAUAACUGUAUUUAUCAGGAAGAUAAUUGCUAAUGGUGCUUAUGACUUCACUAGAGCUACUCUAAGGACUUCAUUCCUUGCUUCUUGUGUCUCUGCAUGCCAGAGCAGAACGAUGAGUCUUGUUGAUACUAUUACUGUAAUGGCUCAGAGGUUGCACGAGCGUCUCCAGGAAUGCAAUGGAGAUGAAGUCUUGAAGGCAGAAGCUGGUGCUAAGGUGCAAAAGUUUACUGAAUGGGCUCUGAAAUGUAUUGGCAUCCAUUCCCAACUUCAGGACGGCGGUGAUAAUGUCAUACACAGCUCAGCUGUUGAGACCCAGCUCCGAUUAUCUGCCUUUAAGACCUUCCUAGAUCUUGUUGGCAAUCGCCUUACGGGGAAGGACUUCAGUGAGGCCUUUGAUGCGGCUUGCUUUCCUCUUACUCUUUUCUCAAGCUCAUUUGAUCCAGGUUGGGCAUUUGGCAUGUCGGCUGCUGUCAUCCAAGGGUUGCUGGGCAUGUUAGUAGAGGGGGGUGCAGACAAUGUCAAUCAGUGUUUCUUGGAGGCUUCACGUUUUGGCAGUACGGAACUUGUUCGUGUACUAUUGCAGAUUGCUCAAAGAAACAACUUGGAUGUUGAUGUUGACUUGGCAUUGGGCUUUGCCUCCCAUUACUGUAAGAUAGGCACUAUGGAGUGCUUGGUGGAAGAGGGAAACGCCAUUGCCUUUUUGGGCCCUUUGAUGAGAGCUGCUGAGAGGGGCUGUUUGCAAGUUGUUGAGUGGUUUGUGCAGAGGGGCUGCCGAGACAUGGAGCUCUGCCUUGCCCUUACAGCAGCCACUUCUAGCUGCCAAGUUCAUAUUGCUUCUUAUCUUCUUCCCCAUGUACCCCAGCAGGUUCUCGCAGCACUUAGUGUUGAAAUUCUCAAAGCUGCUGGUGAACGCAGUGGUGGGUCUCUUGAUGGUGUAGCAUUUCUCCUCGAAUCUGACUUCUUAGGUGAUCCUGCAGCUACUUAUGCUGUGGCAGACAUUAUUGCUAAAUUGGAGGAUGAGGCUGUUGCUCCUGAGCUAAAGGCUUUUCUUAAGGAGCAUUGGUCAGAAGGAGCUUACAUAGAGGGACUAAGGUUAGGGCAAGAGCAUUACACGAACCUUGUGAGAAUCAUUAAAGGGGGCGACUCUCCUAUUUGCUUGAGAGAUCUUCCUGCUCCACUGACAGUGGCAAUUGCUUAUCUCCCACUUUAUAGAGAGUGUGUCAAGGCAGGAGGCCGUUUGUUUUCGCAACGACUUAGGGGACAAAUGGUUGAAGCCGCAAGAAGGCUUGGGGAGAGGGUCUUUGAUGAAGUGACUUACGGUGGAGAUCUACUGGUAAUUUUGGAGCGUCAUCUUCCCCACUUUUUGCUCCCUCCCACCAGCCACCCAACUUAGCUAGAUUUGGAUACCAUUGUUAUAUAUUUUUCAUUUUUUAUUUCCUCCCGCCACCCUUCUUUGUUAUGUAAUGAAUGAAUGUCGCCAUUGAUGACAAUUCUUUUCCUUCUGAGAGACGGGCUUUUAUGGUAGGUUUUUCUCUUCCUCUACAACCUAGUGUCUUAAAUGUGCAUAUUUUUUUUUAAUUUGUUAUUAUUUUUAGACUAUUUUAAUGUAUUAUUAGAACUAGUUAGUAUUGUACCCUAAGUACAAGUAAGUUAGUUGCAGUGAUAUAUUUGAACUCCAA